AUGGUGAAGUUUCAUGGAGAGCUUGAUCCGAUGAGUCCGGGGAGCGAUAUGGAGAUGACUCUCGAAGAAGAAGAAGAAGAAGGAGAAGAAAUGGAGGAGAUAAGCUACCGUGAUCUCAAGAAACGGAUGUGGAAGGACCGGCUUCUCAUGCAGAAGCUCAAGGGCGAGCGGGAAGCCGCGGCGGCCGCUGGGAAAGAAGGGAUUUUGGGAGACGACGGCGAAUCGGCGGCGACGGAGAAACAGGUGGAAGCGUCGCGGCGGAAGAAGAUGGCGCGUUCUCAAGACGCGGUGCUUAAAUACAUGGUGAAGAUCAUGGAGGUGUGCAAAGGGCAAGGGUUCGUGUACGGGAUCGUGCCGGAAAAGGGAAAGCCGGUCACCGGAUCAUCGGACAGUCUAAGAGAGUGGUGGAAGGAGAAAGUGAAAUUUGACAAGAAUGCCCCGGAAGCCAUAGCCGAAUAUCUCCCAAAACUCGUCGGCUUAGUAGAAGACCCAAAUUCCAGCAUUAUUUAUCUUCUCCAAGACCUCCAAGACACCACUCUGGGCUCCCUAAUGUCGGCGCUAAUGCAACACUGUCUCCCUCCCCAACGGAAAUUCCCGUUGGAAAAAGGGCUAGCGCCGCCGUGGUGGCCCACCGGGGCUGAGCUCUGGUGGGGCGAUCAAGGCACGGCUCAAGAACACGGCCCCCCACCCUACAAAAAGCCGCACGACCUCAAAAAAGCCUGGAAAAUCAGCGUUUUAGCCGCCAUUGUUAAACACAUGUCCCCAGAUUUAGACCGGAUGAGACGCCUCGUUAAACAGUCCAAAUCCCUGCAGAACAAAAUGUCCGCUAAGGAUACUACGACGUGGUCGAAAAUCGUUACCAGAGAAGAAGACCUCGUCAAACUCGCCCAGAAAGCCCUCAGAAUUACUGACCAAGAUUUCGACCAAGAUUCUCUCAAGCCCGACAAGAGAAAGUGCAUAUUCGAGCGCGAAAUCGAGACAGAGAUCGCGCUGUUCGCGUGUCAGAAUCUCCAGUGCCCGCAGAGCGGUUUAGGGUUCGGGUUCCCAGACAAGACUUCGCGAACUGAGCACGAACAGAUCUGUCCCCAUCGCCCCGACCAGAAUCUUGUUUCUAGCUUGAUCACAGAAGGAGAUGAUAUAGAUACGGGCCAAUUCCCAGAUUGGAUCAACGAGGAUAUUCAGAGAAUCUUCCAUGAAUACAACGCGCAGUUCGUCAAUGGCGGCGCUGGGAACUAUGGGAAUCUCUUGACCGACAAUCUCACAGAACAACAACAGUUUAGGUAUGAUCCCCCCAUGGCAAGUGAAGAAGCUUCCACUUCUGUCUGGGAUUUAGCAUAUGAUGAUAUCGAUCGAGACUAA